CAACCACAAGGCCGUCAUGCAGCAGCUCAUCCCCCGCCCCGACGUCGACGUCAACCUGCAAGGCUUCUGCCGCCCCCCACUAGUCCUAGCCAUCCUGCAAGGCGACACAGACACCGCGAAGCUGCUUCUCGCGCGAGGCGCCGACCUCCACGCCGACGCGCUCGAUUUCACAGGCCGCACACCGCUGGCCUGCGCCGCGGAGUGCGGGCACACGGAGAUCGUACAGCUGCUGCUCGAGCGCAGCGACGUCGACCCUCACCGCGUUGACAGCGAUCGCUUGACCCCUCUGCUGCAUGCGAUCGCCGCGGACAAGUCCGACGUCGUGAUGAUGCUGCUGCGCCGUGGGGACGCCGUCUGCUGCUCGUUCGACCUGGUUCUACACUCGCCGGCCAUUUACUGCGCGGUGCUCGAGCACCCGGAGUGGCUGGCGUUGUGGCCCCGCUGUGAUUGUUUGGGCUGUGGUUACUAUCAUCUGAAUGAUCCGGCUUAUGUGUCUCGGCCUGAUUGGAAGCAGUAUGUGCGGGACUAUUAUUUGAAGUAGUAGCUUGAUUUAUAUAGACCUGUGUGUGAGGUUAUAGAGACAAUAGACUUG